UAUUAAAAAUAUUUUUAGUUAUAUUUUAAACCCAAAAAAAAUGUUAGCAAACAAUAUGCUACAAAUUAUACMAAUUUUAAUAAUUGUUUUAAAUGUACUGUUGAUUAACGGUAGUCCUAAUAGUGACCCACACUUUGUGGGCGAUCGGUCAGUGAUUGUCCAUUUGAUGGAAUGGAGAUACGAUGAGAUCGCUAAAGAGUGUGAAGAGUUUCUCGGACCGUAUGGUUACGGAGGAGUUCAGUUGUCRCCAGUGGCCGAGUGUGCAGUUAUAGACCGUAGGCCGUGGUGGGAGAGAUACCAACCGGUCAGUUAUAAGAUUGAUGGUCGCAGUGGUAAUGAACAACAGUUUGCUGAAAUGGUUCACAGAUGUAAUAAAGUCGGUGUCCGGAUCUAUGUAGAUGUAGUACUCAAUCACAUGACGGGUCUUCAAUCAGGAAAGGGAACAUCUGGUGAUACCUAUGAUGGUAAUAGUUUCAGAUACGAUGCCGUUCCCUAUACGGCACAACACUUUCACGGACACGAAUCAUGUCAAACGUCGGACUUGAAUAUUCACGACUACGACAGUCCUACAGAAGCUCGCAAUUGUCAAUUGGGUGGACUAAGGGAUCUCAAUCAGGGAACAGAUUGGGUCCGUACAAAACAGGCCGAGUUUCUCAACCAUCUUAUAGCAUUAGGUGUGGCYGGCUUUCGGUCGGACGCAUCUAAACAUCAAUGGCCACAGGAUUUGCAAAAUAUAAUAUCUCGUUUGCAUGAUCUCAACGGCACAUACUUUGGGGUCAAUAGUAAACCGUUUUUCUAUCACGAAUACAUUUCUGGCACUAGAAUUAAGGCCUCCGAGUAUACACCGUUGGGUCGGGUCAUUGAGUUCAAGAACUUUGACAAUUUGGGUCAUGUUUUUCGUAAAUAUGAUAAUCAACGAUUGGCUUAUUUGAAAAAUUAUGGCGAGGGCUGGGCUAUGUUGCCGACGGGCGACUCAUUGAUAAUGGUGGACAGUCACGAUCUUCAACGUGGACAUAGCGGCGACCUCAGUGUGACCAUAACAUUUUUUGAGUCGAGACUUCUAAAGUUGGCCACCGCUUUCAUGCUGUCCUGGCCUUAUUCGGUCACUCGGGUUAUGAGUAGUUAUUAUUGGCCGCGAAAUAUUGUGGGCGGUAAAGACACUAACGAUUGGAUUGGUCCGCCACACGACUCGGCAUAUAAUAUAAUUGGAGUCAAACGUAAUCCGGAUCUAAGUUGUGAUAACACUCAAUGGAUUUGUGAGCACAGGUGGCGACAGAUUUAUAAUAUGGUUAAGUUUAGGAAUGUCGCCGACAGUGAUCCGGUAGCCAAUUGGUGGGACAACGGCUAUCAUUCAAUAGCUUAUAGUCGCGGAAAUAAAGCUUUUAUUGCCAUCAAUAAUGAUAUCCAACCAAUUAAUGGAACUUUCAAAACGGGAUUAACAGCCGGUAUUUAUUGUGAUAUAAUUUCGGGUAAUUUAUCGGGAGGCAAAUGCACCGGAAAACAGAUUACAGUGAAUAGUGAUGGAUCGGCAGUAAUAUUUGUCGACAACAAAUGGGAGGAUCCGAUCAUUGCAUUUCAUAUUAAAUCCAAACUUUAAGUUUGUUUUUAAAUAACAAAUAUACACAUUAUUUAUUUCAAUAACUGCUAAAAUUACAAAUAACUAA